AUGCGCUGGGUUAUCCCGAACUUCCUGGCAGUGUUGGCUGUGAGCGGUUUCUUUUCUUCAGUCUUUACACGGCCAACUGCAGACAGUGAGCCCUUGGAAGGCCAGUCUAUUGGCAAUGAUUUCGGCGAUGCUAUCGCACGAACCAACACCGAUAAGCCUAACGAUGAUGGCGAUGCUCCUGAUGUUCAUCAGGAGGACUUAGCCACCGCGCUUGAGGCGAUCCACCUAGAAGGUCAUAACCAUAGCAUUGUCAGCCGAGGUGUAAAAGAGGAGAAUGAGGUGGACCAGUCUUUCAAUUCGGCCUGGAAGGAGCGGACGUUUUACCGCUUCAUUGCAGCCAAAGACAUGGGCUCCAAGGAACUUGCUCCAGACGAGAUCAAAAACCUAGCCGAAAAGGGCUACGAGAAGAUUAAGGACAGGUUUUACUUCAACGGGAAUGUGAUCGUGUCUGCGCUCUUUAUCCCAGAUGUUGGAGUCGCGGUAGGUUCCAAGCCCCGUGGCAGAGGAAUCGUCGAUGAGAUAUUGGACAAAAGUCACAAAGUCAGCAAUAAAAAUAAACCCGUGAAGGACUGGUUUCAGCGAUAUUGGAACCAGGUAAACUCACGAAAGAUCUCGAAUCCCUGUGGCCCCGUUAGUAAGGAAGAUCUGUACCACGCAGAGGACUUGGUGAUAAUUAAGGGAGCAGACGAGUACUUGAAAAAGCUGAAAAUCACGGAAUGA